CAACCGUCAACUCUAGGGCUGUAGGUGCCAGGGUUUUGUCUUCUCAAUUACAACGAUAUAAGAAACCAAGGGGUUUACAUCCUUCGUUCUUUCCCAGAGGCAGGCUUUUCUUCGGCUACAAAACAGGAUCACCGUAGCGAAAUCUGAGUUCCAGGUAAGUCAUGGUUAAGCAUAACAAUGUUGUGCCCAGUGGGCACUUCAGAAAACAUUGGCAGAACUAUAUCAAGACCUGGUUUAAUCAGCCUGCUCGCAAGACCAGAAGACGUGUUGCAAGGCAAAAGAAAGCUGUGAAGAUUUUCCCGCGACCGACAGCAGGACCAUUGCGUCCUAUUGUUCAUGGACAGACCCUGAAAUACAACAUGAAAGUUAGAGCUGGCAGGGGAUUUUCUCUUGAAGAGCUUAAGGCUGCAGGGAUUCCAAAGAAACUUGCCUCAACCAUUGGCAUUGCAGUUGAUCACCGCCGCAGGAACCGUUCCCUGGAGGGUCUACAAACUAAUGUGCAGAGGCUGAAGACCUACAAGGCCAAGUUAGUUGUCUUCCCAAGGCGGGCAAGGAAAUUCAAGGCUGGUGAUUCUAGUCCUGAUGAAUUGGCCACUGCCACUCAAGUACAAGAUGCUUACAUGCCCAUAGUACGGGAGAAGCCUUCUGCUGAGGUGGUUAAGGUUACAGAUGAAAUGAAAUCAUUUAAUGCAUAUGCCAAGUUGCGGCUUGAGCGGAUGAACAUGCGCCACAUUGGUGCCAGGAUGAAGAAGGCUGCGGAGGCAGAGAAAGAAGAGAAGAAGUAAGUUGCUGUGGAGGCAACUUAAAGACUGGUGGUGUUAUUUAAGUUUUUUUACCUAUGAACCAUUCAAAUGAUGAGGAAUAUAAGAAUUUUAGAUUUUUUGAGAGCAAGCUAGUUUUUUUUUCCCUAACAAACAGAUUUUGAAAUGAUUAAUUGGAUUGAAGUUGGUUCAUUUUUCUCCGAA